GCGGCCAGCGGCGGUAGUGAGGCCGGCGAGCCCUCCGCUCGUGGGCGUCCUCUCGCCUCGGCUCCCGCCUUCCCCGGACCCCCUUUCCGGGCGACUCCGGCGGGGCCUUUGCCCCGGCCCCCGGGCGGCACGAUGACCGACACCCGGCGGCGGGUGAAGGUUUACACGCUCAAUGAGGACCGGCAGUGGGACGACCGGGGCACCGGGCAUGUGUCGUCCGGCUACGUGGAGCGGCUGAAGGGCAUGUCCCUGCUUGUCAGGGCCGAGAGCGACGGUUCUCUACUUUUAGAGUCCAAAAUAAAUCCUAAUACUGCACACCAGAAACAACAGGACACUUUGAUUGUGUGGUCUGAAGCAGAAAAUUAUGACUUGGCCCUUAGCUUUCAAGAAAAAGUUGGAUGUAAUGAAGUUUGGGAGAAAAUAUGUCAGGUUCAAGGAAAGGACCCAUCAGUGGACAUCACUCAGGACCUUGUAGAUGAGUCUUAAGAGGAGCGUUUUGAUGAUAUGUCAUCGCCAGGUUUAGAAUUGCCAUCUUGUGAAUUUCGCCUUGAGGAAGUUGCAGAACUUGUGGCAUCAUCUUUACCUUCCCCCCUGCGUCGUGAAAAACUUGCACUAGCACUGGAAAAUGAGGGUUACAUUAAAAAGCUCUUAGAGCUUUUUCAUGUGUGUGAGGAUUUGGAACAUAUUGAAGGACUGCACCACUUGUAUGAAAUUAUCAAAGGCAUCUUCCUCUUGAAUUGAACUGCUCUUUUUGAAGUUAUGUUCUCUGAGGAAUGUAUAAUGGACGUCAUUGGAUGCUUAGAAUAUGAUCCUGCUUUAUCACAACCAGUAAAACAUAGGGAAUUUCUAACAAAAACAGCCAAAUUUAAAGAGGUGAUUCCCAUAUCAGAUCCUGAGCUGAAACAAAAAAUCCAUCAGACAUACAGAGUUCAGUAUAUACAAGACAUGGUUCUACCUACCCCUUCAGUCUUUGAAGAAAAUAUGUUAUCAACACUUCACUCUUUUAUCUUUUUCAAUGAGGUACAAAUUGUUGGUAUGUUACAGGAAGAUGAAAAAUUUCUGACAGAUUUGUUUGCACAGCUAACAGAUGAAGCAACAGAUGAGGAAAAAAGACAGGAAUUGGUUAACUUUUUAAAAGAAUUUUGUGCGUUCUCCCAAACGCUACAACCUCAAAACAGAGAUGCUUUUUUCAAGACUUUGUCAAACAUGGGUAUAUUACCAGCUUUAGAAGUCAUCCUUGGCAUGGAUGGUACACAGGUGCGAAGUGCUGCUACUGAUAUAUUCUCAUACUUGGUUGAAUAUAAUCCAUCCAUGGUACGAGAGUUUGUCAUGCAGGAGGCACAACAGAAUGAUGAUGAUAUUUUGCUCAUCAACCUCAUUAUAGAACAUAUGAUUUGUGAUACAGACCCUGAACUUGGAGGAGCAGUCCAGCUUAUGGGCCUCCUUCGAACAUUAGUUGACCCAGAAAACAUGUUAGCUACUGCCAAUAAAACAGAAAAGACUGAAUUUCUGGGUUUCUUCUACAAGCACUGUAUGCAUGUCCUUACUGCUCCCUUACUGGCAAAUACAACAGAAGACAAACCUAGCAAAGAUGAUUUUCAGACUGCCCAGUUGUUGGCACUUGUAUUGGAACUGUUAACAUUUUGUGUGGAGCACCAUACCUACCACAUAAAGAACUACAUUAUUAAUAAGGACAUUCUCUGGAGAGUGUUAGUUCUUAUGGCCUCGAAGCAUGCUUUCUUGGCAUUAUGUGCUCUUCGUUUUAAGAGAAAGAUUAUUGGAUUAAAAGAUGAGUUUUACAACUGCUACAUAAUGAAAAGUUUUUUGUUUGAACCAGUAGUCAAAGCAUUUCUCAACAGUGGAUCCCGCUACAAUCUGAUGAACUCUGCCAUAAUAGAAACGUUUGAAUUUAUUAGAGUGGAAGAUAUAAAAUCAUUAACUGCUCAUGUUAUUGAAAAUUACUGGAAAGCACUGGAAGAUGUAGAUUAUGUACAAACAUUUAAAGGAUUGAAACUGAGAUUUGAACAACAAAGAGAAAGGCAAGAUAAUCCCAAACUUGACAGUAUGCGUUCCAUUUUGAGGAAUCAUAGAUAUCAAAGAGACGCCAGAACACUAGAAGAUGAAGAGGAGAUGUGGUUCAACACAGAUGAAGAUGACAUGGAAGAUGGAGAAGCUGUCAUGUCUCCAUCUGACAAAAAGAAUGAUGAUGACAUUAUGGAUCCAAUAAGUAAAUUCAUGGAGAGGAAGAAAUUAAAAGAAAGUGAGGAAAAGGAGGUGCUUCUGAAAACGAAUCUUUCUGGUCGGCAGAGCCCAAGUUUCAAGCUUUCCCUCUCUAGUGGAACAAAGACUACCCUCUCCAGCCAGUCACCUGCAACAAAUCUGCCUGGUUCUCCAGACUCACCUGGAUCCCCAGGAUCUCCAGGCUCUCCUGGAUCCAUCCCUAAAAAUACAUCUCAGACGGCAGCUAUUACUACCAAGGGAUGCCCUUUCAUUGAUGGACAGAUGGUUUACUGAAGCGGAACUUCACACGUGCUGCUACAAUAGGAGAAAAGUCUAAACAGCUGCUUGUUUCAUGGAGGAAGACUAUUAGCAAUAAAUUGCUAGAAACACAGCACUUGAAUUGACACAGUUCCAUCUGACUGACUCAGAAGUCCACACUUUCAAGUAUAAAUACUAUUUUGAUAACCAAUGUGAAUAUAAUGAUGUAAAUACAUAGUUUAAUGAUAAAAAAAAUACAACUUAUCAAAAAUUUUGUGAUGCCUAGAGGGAAAGUUAUAGUACUAUAUGCAUAUAUUUAAGAAGAAAAAGGUAUAAAUCAAUACCCUAAGCUUCCACCUGAGGCAACUAAAGAAAGAAGGGCACUAUAAGUUAAAAACAAGCAGAAAAAUAAAUUAGAGCAGAACUUAAUGAAAUUUAAAACUAGAAAUCAAUAGGGGAAAUUGAUGAUACCAAAAGCUGUUCUUUGAAAAGAUCAAUAAAACUCUAUGUUCACAAAUUUA